AACUUGUAAAUAAAAUUAUAAAUGUUGUUUGUUUGAUCGAUAUUUCUCUCAGUCUUGACAUACAAAAGUUUCGUUCUAAAAGCUAAAUUAAAUUUUGUAUAAACAUUCUAUACUUAAAAUUUACCGUGCAUUUAAAAUUAACUUAAUUGCUCUUAAUGGCUAAGAAAGGAGGAGCCCAACAAUUGCAGGCCGAGAUAAACACUGACGAAGAAUUAUACAAGUUCCUUGAAAGACCAGGAGUUCUAGUUCUAGAUGUCUAUUCGGAAUGGUGCGGACCAUGCCUGGCAAUGGUUGGUAGUUUAAGGAAGAUCAAACUAGAACUAGGAGGAGAUAAUCUUCAUUUAGCUAUAUGCAAAUCCGAUACCAUUAAGGCUCUUAAACGUUUUCGAAACAAAAGUGAGCCAACAUGGCUUUUUGCAUGUCAAGGAAAGUGCGUCAAUUUAAUGUUCGGGACAGAUGUCCCGUGUCUUAUGAAGCUAAUAGCUGAGGAAUUGAAAAAUAUAGGAAAAACUGGCCGAACUUUCUACGACAUAACCGAACUUCAACCUGAAGAAAGAGCUCGAAGGGAUGUCAUAGAAAAAGCUUUAGCUGAGGCCCAUCAAAAAGAAGUCGAAGAAGCUAAACGUGAAAAACUGGACUAUCUUAUGUUUGUUACCGAUGAAAUAAGGAAAAACCUACCCGACAUGGGGGUAACAAUCUUUGGACCACAUGUGUCUCGUGAUGUGUACAAGAAACUCAUGGAAGUAGCUGAAACCCAAAAGAUACAAUGCAAGGAUCGACGAACAGGACCUCUUUUGCCAGAACACUUUGACAUAAUAAAUUUUGCGUGUGAAAAUCCUAUAGACCCAGAGGUUCUAGAGCAUAUGUACAACAAGGACUUGCUCAUUUGCUUUUGGAAAAUCUCAGACACUGAUACUAGAGCAUUGCCAGAAAUUUUCAUAACUUACUCCCAUGAGCUAACUCAUCCGAGGAAAGUCGUCUUGGAAACUGGAGAAAUCGACCCAGAUCAUGUUUUGCCUCCGAUACUCAAUCCUCUGGAGAUAAAAAUUGCAAAGAAAUUUGAUGGUAUGCCAGAAAAGGAGAAUCCUACAGCUCCUCUUGAUAAUAUAACAGAAGUCGACGACAUUCUUACUGAACUUGUGGGCGAUGAGCCACUCCCCGGCGAAGAGAUUGAAGAGAACGAAGAAAACGACACUGAAGAAAAUGAUACAAACAAAAAGCCUGAGGAAAUUGCAUCAGUUGCCUCUACAGCUGCGUCUACAGAUGCACAAAUAAUCUUGGUGCCACCAAUUUGGGUACCAACAGAUGUUCGAACUCAUGCAACGCUUAUUUACGUUUUCUUUCGGGCUCAAGCUGCGACUUUUCUACCACCAGAUCCCGUUCCCGAUCCACCACAUGUUAUAAUGGCAUUCGAUGCAUACAAAAAGAAGGACAUCUUUGAGAUUGUGCAAAAGAACAAGAAUGACGUAUUGCUUUAUGGAUUCUUCACAAGCGAUAAUCCAGACAAAGCUACAUUGAUAGCUAACUCUUUGGCAAAGUACGACGCCAAACCACCACAAAUAUCUGACAAACUUGUUCUUAAAGUAGCAAAGAGGACUAGCCAUACUAUGUUAGAAUUUGGUGUUUAUGGUCCUUCAUAUGUUAGUGCUAACACCGUUGUUGGCAAAGAAGAAGCUCUAAAACUCUUCCCUGAAGGCUAUGUUAAUGUCGAAACUCCUGAGGAAGAAGAACCUGAAGUUGAAGAAGAAACAACAAAGAAGAGGAAAAAGUCUAAGUCAAAACCUGUAGAAAGUUCAGAACCUGAUAAAGAAGCUGAUGCAAACGUUUCCACCCCUGAGGGUGAGGGAAAUGAAACGCAAGAAUCUCCAAGGCAACAAGCAACAAAUGAAGAAAACUAAAACGGAGUCUUUUAAAACAUUCUUUUUUUUCUAAAUUUUAUUUAAGCUUUAAUAAUACUUUUAUCCUCAUUAAAGUAACCUGUUUAUUUGUAUUUGUUAUCGGCUAAAAUUGCAAAUUUUAUUAACAAUGAAUAUUUAUAUAUAUUACAAUAAAAAAAAUAAAUUAAAAAAGAUAAACUUAAA